CUGAAGUUCACUAUAAAAACACGGCAAGGCAGCGUGUGUCCUCCACACUACUGCUGCCUGCCACUCCACAAUACCACUACUGCCGUCUCCAUCCAUCUCACUAGCUCCCAGUCGCCAUGGCCGUGAACAACACCAAGCUGGCCGCCGUGGCGGACGCCGAGAACCCGGCUGUGGUGUGCUGCGACGUCGACGACUCCGAGUCGUCCAUCGACUUCGCCGGGCGCGCCAACUGGCUACGCGCGGCGGUGCUGGGCGCCAACGACGGGCUGGUCUCCACAGCCUCCCUCAUGCUCGGCGUCAGCGCCGUCAAGCCCGACGCGCGGGCCAUGGUCGUGUCCGGGUUCGCGGGACUACUGGCCGGGGCCUGCAGCAUGGCCAUCGGAGAGUACGUGUCCGUCUGCUCCCAGCGCGACGUGGAGAUCGCGGAGCUGGACCAGGCCGGAAAGCGUGGCGGCGACGAGGAGAAGGCGCUGCCAAGCCCGGCACAGGCCGCCGCGGCCUCAGCGCUGGCUUUCUCCGUCGGGGCGCUCCUACCGCUGCUGGCUGCCGGGUUCAUCGUGGGCUACAACCUGCGGGUGGCCGUGGUGGUCGUCGUGGCGACGUUGGCGCUGGCCGCGUUCGGAUGCGUGGGCGCCGUGCUUGGGCGGGCCCCCGUGGCGAGGUCGUGCGCGCGGGUGGUGGUGGGCGGACUGGCUGCCAUGGCCGUCACCUUUGGGUUCAUGAGGCUCUUCCGAGCCAGCGGCGUAUGAGAAACUGACAUGGACACAUGGUCUUCGUCGCCGUCCUCGCGUGCGUAGGUCAUGUGCGGGCAUCGUCCAUACUCUUUUCGGAAUAAAGUACCCAGUACUAGCCACCGUACUUGCACCUACGGCUGACUUAUUUUCUUCCUUGUAAUAGUAAUCAAACGGCAAAUGAAAACGUUUAAACCCGUACUAUAGUACCAAGUGAUUUUCA